ACUACUUACGGUCGAGUCGAGCGACGAACGCCGUCUCCUUGAGUCCGUCAGUUAAAACCUAUUCGCCGCGGGGAGCGUACGUCGCAAAGCCGCAAAGUUACGAACGUAAACUCGAAACGAAACAUGAGGACGAAUUAUAUAAUUUUAUUUAAAUAAGUGUCUGUGUUGUGUUGUGACUUGGUGUUUAAUUAACGAUGGCCUUGCUUUUGUGUGUUUUUAUUUGCGCUGUGGCCGGUGCCAUGGGCUUCAAUGUGGAUAUCCCAUCCAGGGUAGUAUACACAGGAAACUAUAAGUCCAUGUUUGGUUUUACUGUUCAAUCUCACGUGGAUGGCGAUAGGAAAAUGAUCCUAGUAGGCGCCCCAGAAGAUGAGCCCUACCCAGUAAAUGGUGUGAAGCGACCUGGUGCAGUAUAUCGCUGUGAACCUACCAGCCGAGCCUUCGCUUCAGAAGAUCUAGCUAAUCCCUUGGAGCGAUGCAGAUUAAUGGAGUUUGACAAAAACAGAAAUAACAACGUAGACAGUGCCCAUCGACAGAUAGACCAGAAAUCUAAUCAAUGGUUUGGUGCGACCCUUACGAGUACAGGCAGAAAUGGGCCUAUUGUGGCGUGUGCUCCGCGGUAUGUCUCAUUUGUGAAUGCCAAGUUGAACCAGCGAGAUCCCGUGGGAUCGUGCUUCGUGGCCAAAACACCAGACGCUAUUGAUGUCAACGAAUUCUCUCCAUGUCGUAAUUGGUUCCGCACUCAGGAUGACGCGAGCCAUGGUCAACGGAAGACUGGAGUGUGCCAGGCCGGUUUUUCUGCGGCAGUAUCAAAGGAUGGGCAAAGACUCUUUAUGGGUGCGCCUGGCAGUUUCUACUGGCAAGGACGAACAAUAUCCAUUGAUCCUAGCGCAAGAUUCAACUACUAUAUGCCGAAGGAAGGACAACUGAAAGUGCAAACGUUGAACCAGAGGCCGGUUUUGAUUUCAACGCCAGAAGCUAGCCCCAAGUAUGAUGACUCCUACAUGGGUUACUCGGUCACUGUGGGUGAUUUCGCUGGUCAAGGAAUCCAGGGUGUUGCUGUUGGAGUACCACGAGGUUCGGAGUUGAGGGGAUUGGUUGUGCUUUAUACAUGGGAACUCCAAAACAUCAAGAACAUAAGUGGCUCCCAAAUCGGAGCCUACUUUGGGUACAGUCUCGCCAGUGGUGAUAUCGAUGGUGAUGGGGCAGAUGACAUCAUAGUUGGAGCUCCCAUGUUCACCAAGCCUAGAAGUGGGGGUUAUGAGCAUGGACGAGUGUAUGUCAUCUACCAGGGAAAGAACAGAUCGUUCUCCAAGAAUCACGCCAGAACUGGUGAGGUAUCCCGCGGAAGGUUCGGUUUAGCUGUUACUUCUCUUGGUGACAUCAAUUAUGACGGCUUUGGAGAUAUAGCCGUAGGCGCACCAUACGGUGGUGAAAACGGCCGUGGCGUUGUCUUCAUCUACCAUGGCAGUGAACUCGGUAUUGGAGAGAAGCACUCGCAGGCCAUCACAGCUGAGGAGAUCAGCCCCAGUCUUUCCACGUUUGGAUUCUCAUUGUCAGGGGGAGUGGAUUUGGAUAAUAACAAUUACACUGACCUGGCCGUGGGCGCAUAUAAGUCAGAUAGUGUUGUAUUCUUAAAAUCUCGUCCAGUGGUGAAAGUAAUGGCUGACGUCAAAUUCAUGGGAGACAGCAAAUUAAUCUCUCUUACUGACAAGAGAUGUCGCCUCUCCAAUGGCACCGAAGUUGCGUGUGCGCAACUUAUGUUCUGUCUAACUUAUGACGGCGUCAACGUUGAUCAGCAAAUAAACUUCGAAGUAACGUUAGAUCUAGACUCCCGCCAAAAGACCAGCAAGCGACUAUUCUUGAUGGAGAGCAGACAAACCGUGUACAAGACUCACAUUCUUCUUACUCAGGGGCAGCAAGAGUGUAAGGAGGUUAUGGUGUACCUUGAUGAGGAAGUCCGCGACAAGCUCACCCCAAUAGAAGUAAAACUAAGCUAUGAGCUGGUCAAUCAGCCAUCAGGUAACGUGGUGCCUCCAGUCCUUGACCACACUAAGAGCAUAGAACACACUGAUUCACUCAAUAUUCAGAAGAACUGUGGACCCGAUAACGUGUGUAUACCCGACCUUAGGAUGUAUGUCACAACGCCAAUAGUGAACUACGUGUUAGGGUCAGGCGAGGAUGUCCACAUCGAUGUGAAGGUAGAGAACGGUGCUGAAGAUGCCUUUGAAGCUGCAUACUUUCUGAAGGUGCCCGCUGGAGUCACUUACUCUAGGAUGGAACGACUUGACAAAGACCUUUCUGACGCACCACCAAUAUAUUGUUCUAUGAAGAAGAAGGGCAAUGAUGGAAACAGUACCCUCAAAUGUGAUUUGGGCAACCCUAUGGCCACUGGACAAAGCGUAAACUUCCGAGUGAUUCUCGAAGUGGACUCCCGCGUGACAACCCUCAACUUUGACAUGGAGACCAACUCUACUAACCCGGAACAAGGCACGCAGUAUGACAACGUGCGACAUCUACCGAUUGGAGUCGUAGUCAAGGCUGCCCUUUCUAUUAUUGGCACAUCAGACCCUCCAGAAUUACACUACAACGCAUCGCUAUAUGAAUCGCAAAACUUGAAGGAUGAUACGAAGUUGGGACCGCAAGUUAUUCACAAGUACAAUAUCAAGAACGAGGGACCUUUCACAGUGGAUGAGGCGGAAUUAUACAUUAUGUGGCCCUACCAGACCCUAACUGGCGAGAACCUUCUAUACAUGUUAGUUCAGCCACAAUGGGUCGGUGACAUGGUCUGUGACGUUGCAAGGCACGUGAACCCUGAAAAUCUAUUUGUGCAAAAUCCCUAUGCCUUCCUUCUUACGAAGGAGAAUGAGGCUAUGAUGAGCAGCGAGUUCUACUCGGCUUCACAAGUUGGUGGUACCGGAACUUACUAUGGACAAAAAUACUGGGAACAAUUCGCAAGUCAGGGUGGCGGUCAACAAGAAGGUCAGGUCACUGGUGACCAAUUUAGUCAAAGUGGGGGACAUGUCAGUCAAAGUGGAGGACAAUUUAGUCAAGGCUCCCAACAUAGCCAAACGCACUUUAGACAAUCUGGUGUUCAAAAUGGCGGUCAAUACCAAGGCGGAAGAGCUUCAGGCGGGCAAUAUACAUCAGGUGGUCAAUCUGGAAGCCAAUUCAGCACAAACCAUGCAACUGGCGGUCAAGUCUCCGGACAAGGUCACACAUACAAUCGCACCUGGACUGAAGAAAAUCUCUCGGAAGAAGAAAAGGAAGCUAUUAGGAAAAACCUUGAAGCCAUAUCCAGAACACCUGGUCAAACCGGCAGUGGUCACAACGAAGGCGCAGUAUAUCUAGGUGAAGGAAGAUAUAGAGACAGUUCUGGACGAAUCUUCACAUAUGGCGAGGCCCAAGGACAAAAUGGCUACGAAAGAAGAGUGUACAUAAGCGGACAGCCAUUUGAAGCGGGUUACGAUAACGAUGGACGCGUCGUGCGAGUGAAAAAUAGGACUAUAAUCUAUGACUCGAACCAUAAUAUAAUUUCUCAGACUGAGACGAGUACGGAGUAUGGAUCACUCGGCCAUGAAGGAGAAGCUGGAAGUUCGUUUAAUGCAUACCUCAACAAGCAGGGCAGUCAGGGAAGCAGGGCUAGUGCUGGUGGAUUCGUGCAUGGAGCCUGGUCUACUACAGAAACCAUUAACCCAGAGAUUAUGAAUACUGGAUCAGCCAUCAGGGGAGGCUCUGAUGUUACUGUAGUUGGAGAUGAAGACGAAGACAGACUUGAAGGUUUUGGAGUAUAUGCCGCCCAAAAUAGUAACAACGAAUUCAAAGUGGGAAUGGCCGACGUCACAGGUGCUGUCAACUCCCGACAAAGUGAAAACUACAGGGGCCAGGGAUACAACUCUGGAGGAUACCAAGGGCAGAGUACACAAGGAUUCCAGGGUCAAAGUAGCCAGGGAUACCAGAGCCAAGGUUUAGGAGUCCAGGGAGGACAAGGAUAUCAAACGGGAUACCACAGUGGAAGUUACCAGAGUGGCUCCCAGGGUGGAGCACAUGCAUCCAGUGGUGGAUAUUCUUAUUCACGAUCAGGUGGCCACUCCUAUUCCUCUUCAGGUGGCAGCUUCAGCUCAUCUUCAGAACAAAGACACGAGAGCACCCGGCGCCGAAGACAAUAUGAGGUGGACCCCCAAUUAAUGGAGAUGCUGAAGCGAUGUGAGGAGAAGUACAAGUGUUCUGUAGUACGUUGUCGUACAGGACGUCUGUUGAAGGGACAGGAAGUGUGGCUGGCACUGCGCGCGCGCAUCAACGCUACUGUUCUCAAUGAGAUAUCAAAGGAACAACCUGUAAAACUGUCAACCCUAACGGCGACCCGUGUAUCCCGACUGCCCAUGGUCGGUCGGCCAUUAGACCAGGGUUGGCAAACUGGAGAAGCUCAUACUAUGGUUACACCACAGUUGGAAGCCCUUUCCAGUGGUUCAAUACCAUUGUGGGUAAUCAUAUUAGCUGCUGUUGUUGGGGCAUUACUGCUGUUGCUGCUUAUCUUCGCUCUUUACAAAUGCGGCUUCUUCAAACGCAACCGCCCCUCUGACCACACCGAGCGACAGCCGUUAAACGGUCGCGACGAACAUCUCUGAUAUCCACCUCUCAGCGAUACCGCGGAUUCCCGCGAGACCGCUGACACUCGCACCAGCGACACUGACUCUCCGCGAUACAGUUCCUCAACGGACGCGGCAAGUGAUGUUACAAGUCAUGACUCCUCCAGUAUUGAACGCUACUGAUAGUUUUUGUAAAAAUUCACGGCAGUUAUAAAUACGUCUAGUACUAUAUUCGGCACGGAAUAGAUAAAUAAGGAUGGUCAUGUAGGCUACACUAGCGCCACCAAUAUAUCGGUAUAUUCAUGCUAAAAAAAUACAUAUGUAAUUUAUAAAUUUUAGUAGGAAAAUUUGACUUUAGGAUUUUUCAGUAUUAUUAUUAUUUAUCUAUUCUGUGUUAUUGAGUAAUCUUUAUAAGGAUAAAGUGCAAUUUUAUCUUAAUUAUCUCGUAUAUUUUGUACACUACAAGGAACACAAGGAUUAAAUCUGUAAAACAUUUCUUGUCUAUGUUCUAUGUACUGUGGUGCUAGGUCACGUGUACUACUAGAUGGCGCUGAACUUAAUUAUCUUGUUUGUAGCAGUAAAAUGGUGUACUAGAGACUGCUUAUGUGCCUUAGAAAAGUUUUAUGUGGUACAAGCUAUAUUGAGUAUAUAGCUAUUUAGAUCUGUAUGAAUUUUAGUAGUUCAAUGACUUUUGACACAUUGUUUUAGAUCUGCGAAUAGUGCAGUGUUUUUGGUGUAGUGUCGGUAGAGUUUUUUAUUUCUUCAAUGUUUUCAAGAUAAGCUUGGAGAAGUGAGAAUUAUUAAAAAAAUAAAAAACGCACACACGGACUCGCGUCCUCAUUUGUAUAAAUUACCGAUUUUCGACUAAUGUAAAUAAUUGUGAGGUCUGAAUGUUUCUUGGAUAUUUUUGUUUGAAAAAUAUUUCAAGAAUUUAUUUUAUCGCUAACAUAACUAGUCACGAAUAGGAUCACGUUAAUUUAGUUGUAAUACCUUCGGGGUUAGACAUUUAUUUAUACUAAAAUAAACUUGAAUUUUUCAUAUCUAAAACUAACCCGAUAAAGAAAUUUGUCUAAGCUCGGAGUGCAAAAUGUGAUCUAUGUUGUAAAUGUUAAGGUGUAUUUUUGCUUGAUGCUUAAACUUCAUACUAUAACGUAGGUGCUGAUUAAAUUUGGUACAGAGUAUUAAUAAUUAAAUAACAAUAUUGCACAGAUAUCUUUUCGCCAUAUUUAUGUUUUUAAUAAUGUAUUGAAAAUUUUCGACAUGAAAUUUUCUUAAUUUUUUUUAUUCUGAAAUCAGCGUUAUGAGAAAAUUACUUAUAUAUUGAUAGGAUCCUCAUAAAUUAACUCAUCUUUUAAGAUUAGCUUGCAAUAAUUAGCAUAAGGUAGGUAAUUGAAAUUUAAUAUAAAAUACAAGUUUGGGUGUGUUCCUUCGGGUUUUUCCCCCUUUUUACUGGGCCUUUAAGAGAUAUUUAGGAAAAAAACAUAAAAUACAGCCUUAAGAGAUAAAAUGUAUGUGCCUUGAAAACAUAUCUAUAAUAAAAUAUAGGAUCAUGUAAAUAUUUUUUAUUAGUCUACAGAAGUGGGUGAGAAUACAGUUUUUCAUACUUUCAGUAAUGAAAACACGCUACAUAUAGUCAACAGAAUCGUGUUGCUUUUUUAUAUAUUUUACAGCAGUUUUAAUAUUGUGCCUUCAAAAACUGCCAGUUACUAAAUAAUGUAAAUAUUAAGUUUUAUUUCUUUAAAUUUUAACAUUUCACGGCCAUUUUAUUUUAAAGUAUAGUACUUAAUUAUUUUAAGGAAUUUACUUUAGGCCACGAAUAACCAAAAUUAUUUUGUUUUAAAUGGUUCUGUGAAAUUAUCUAAGCGUCAUUGUUAUUUUAUUUCGAUUAAUAAAUAUUUAUUUUCUUAACUUUUAAUUCAGCUUUUACUUAUAAGACGUAUUAUUGAAACCCCAUACAUCUUUUUCAAUUUUUAACUGCAAGGUAAUGCUACAGACAAAGCUGACUUUUAAAGUAUGUGGUCAGAUAUGUUUGCGUCUAUAGUUGCCUUAAGUAUUAGAAGAAUUGAAAAAGAGUGAUGGGGAUCCUAAGUGGAUGCCAUAAUGUUUUAAUGAUAAUAAACUUUUGGGUUGUCUGGGUAAUUUGCAUUUACCAAAAAGAACUGUAAUUAAAUAUUUGUUUUUUAAUCA